CCGCUCUGGAGUCAUACCUGGAUUCUUCCAGUCCCUGCUCAGCCACUUUUUAGUGGGUGACCUUAGACAAGUUCCUCAACCUCUCUGAGCCUCAGUUUUCCCUCCUGCAAAAUAAGGAAAAAAUGUCUCCAAAGUACCUGACUUGCCCACAGUAGCUGCUCAGUAAAGGGCAGCCAGUUUAUCAUGCUCGCCUGGGGAAAUCAGAGGAACAGAGAAGUGGGGGUGGGGACACUGGGUCCUGUUUCAUCCUCCCUCCUCCCUUUGUCCCCCAAUCCCCAGGUCUACCUGGAGGGUCAGCAGGAGGAGGAGGAGGAGGAGGAGGAGAUGCAAGCCCUGGAGGAAGGGCCUUUGGUGAUUCACCACCACUACCUGCCCUGCCCGAUGCCCAUGCUGGGCCCCUCUCUACCCUGGCCAGUCCCUUCCUUUUCCCUCCCCCAACACCAGCCCCACUUGCAGGACACAGCCAGGAUUCAGCACUGCCCUCCUGCCUCUUGGAAAAGGAAGGGGAGAGCUGUAACUGUGCCCCCACCCCCACCCCCCAGUGCCACAGGCACUGUGGGUGCGGAUGUGCCCCCCGCUUCAGACUACUAUGAUGCCGAGAGCCUACCAUGAAGACAGACACCGGCCCUGGGACGCUGCCAGCUUCAUUGCAGAGCUGGAAAGAGCCCUGGAGCCCCCGAGUGCCCCUCUAGAGCCUACGACUCUGCACCCAUGCCUGGCAGCCCUCCCCAACCCAUCCCAAACCCCUCAACCACAGCCAGGCCCUCUCCUGUGUGAAUCAAAACCCUCUUCACCACAUGGAGACCUUGAACUGGCCUCAGCUCUGCCCCGGAGCACAGGCCCCUCUAAGCGCAUCCAGAGCUGGGAAGCCACCGCCGGUGGGGGGCCUUGGGUGUCUGGGAACCAGAGCCCUCCCUUGUCCUCCUCCACUCACCCUAUCUGGGAUGGCAGUGCUGUCGGGUCUUGGUGGCCUAGAGACAGAGCAGGAGGUGAGGGAAGGACUUGUGCAAGCCUCUUUGAACGCCUAGAGUGUUGGGGGAGAGGCCUGGCUCAGAGGGUCCUGGAGCUGAGCCAGUUCCCUUGGGCCCACCCUUGCCACAGGAAGCUAGCUCUUUUGGCCAGAAGAAGCCAGAGCCGCCCUGCUCCAAGCAGGAGUGGCCAGAGGUCCCCGAGUACCAAGUAGGAAUGGAACGUCUUUCUGCCUUCCUGGGCCAGGGCGUGUCUCCCCCGGCGUCCCUCAGGAGAAAUGAGUCACUCAGGGCUCCACGAGGACGGGUGUCUGGUGCCUGGGCUGGUCAGCAUGGGGACACCCCAGGGCCUGGGCUGGCUGGGGCUCUGGAAGGCCCCUGUGAGGGAGAAGCUUGUGGGAGGCUUAGGAG